AUGCAGGGACGCGGAGACGAGUGCGCGCUGGGCGCGCGCGGACGGGACGCCUGGAACAGGCGCGGAGAUGCGGAGGCGGAGGGAGGAGGGGAAGGGGCGGUAUGUGCAGGGCGCGGGUGUGAAAGCCUCGGGGAUUCAGCGCAGGUGGAGGCGAGCGGGAGUGCGGACGAGCUGGCAGCAGCAACGGGAGGAGCGGGUGGGGAGGACGCCAAUGAGGAAGGCGAGGAAGCACCGGCGUCAGCAGACGCGGCGGGCGAAACAGCAGCCGCGGCAGAAAGGUCAUUGACUGCCUGCGCGGCCCUCACGGCAGCAUGGGUGGCGGGGGUGCCACGGCAGCGAGGCCGACAGUAUGGCAAGAUGGCUGGCAGUUUGCCUUGUGAGCUGCACGCCAUGUGCCCACCGCCGCACCACACGGCAGUGGCUGGAUUCCAUGGGCUGUGGGAUGCGGACGAAGGGGGGUGGGUGCUGCUCACCGCUCGUGCGUGA